AUGAUAGCACCAGCACCGGAACCAAACAAUAAAGAAUCAACUCUUGAUAUACUCUAUGAUUUAUGUCGAGAAAAUCAAGUUGAAAAACUUCAAAAUUUGCUUACGGUAAUCGAUGAUAUUAACGUAUUGAACACAAUUCAAAAUUCAACGGGUUCAACAUGUCUGCAUGUCGCAUGUUAUUAUGGUCAUAAAGAACUGGUUCAGGUUUUAUUAGAUCACGGUGCAUUGUCUUCAGUUAGAAAUUUAAGACAUAAUUUGACACCAUAUGAAGAAGCAUCUACUGAUGAUAUAAAACAAUUAUUAAUUAAUAAACGAAUAUUUUAUUCUGAAACAGAUUAUGACCACAUUCAAUGGUCAAUCACUGGUCAUGAUUUAAUUGAAAAACGUCGAGAAUUUCUACAAACAAUGCAUUUAUAUAGAACAUACGAUAAUCAUCAUCCGAUUAUUUCCAAAUUAUUAGCAGAAGUGAUUCAUUAUUAUUUAAACGAAUAUUUAAAGAACAUUUCCUUUAUCAGUAAUCCUGAAGAUCGAAUUACCGAAGACCAAAUUAAAGUUAUUGAAGAUUAUUUUCGUAAAGCCAUAGACGAAAAAGAUUAUCUGACAUAUUUCAUAAAAGCUUAUACAUUAACAGAUUAUUUUUAUAGAAUAUUAAAUAAACAUUUAGCUAUAUAUAUUUUGCAAUAUUUUGAUCAUACCAAAGAUUUUUGUUCAAAUUAUCGUUUAGUGAAUUGUCUUGUACAUAUUGUUACUCUAUUAAAAUAUCAUCCAGACAUUGGCAAGUAUCAGUAUAAAGGUGUGUGCUAUCGAGGAAUGAGAAUUACAGAAAAUGAUUUGAAUCCAUAUAAAUUAAAUCAACAUAUAUUAAAUCAAUCAUUUUUAUCUUCGUCGACUGAUUAUGAAGUUGCAAAAAUGUUUGCCGGUGAAGGUGCUCAGUCGGAAAUGCGACACACUGUUGAUCAACGUCCAUUACAAUUUUCAUGUUUAUGUCAAUAUACAAUAGUACAAAAUUCAACAGCUAUCGAUGUACAAGAAUUGUCAAUGAGACCAGCUGAAAAAGAAAUUCUUAUUCUACCAUUUACUGUUUUUAAAGUUGUGAAUAUUAAACGAAAUUAUAUUGAUAAUCCACAAGCACGAAUUUCAGUUGAAAUUGAAUUAGAAGAAUGUGAAGAUCCAGAUGGCGACUCAGCGUUUACUUCAUCCGAUAAUGACAUUAGAAAGACAGAAGAAUAUGAAAAACAAAUUAAGAAGCGAAAACGUCUUUAUGCUCUUGUUGGAAGUUUAUUAUCAAUCAUUGUUUUGGCUUUAGUGUUAGCACUAAUAAUUGUAUUUGUAAUUAAAAAAAAUUAUGACGAAGAUCCAUAUCUUUCACCAAAAGACUGUUCAAGUAUUUUAAAUCGAAAUGCAUGGAAUGCAACUAAAUCAACAGCCCGUGAUGAUUUACCAGUGCCAGUUUCAUACAUUGUCGUGCAUGAAUUAACUGGUUAUAAUAGAAGUAUGACACAACAAGAUUGUACACAAUAUAUAAAUGAACUUCAAAGAUGGAAUAUGGAUAUAAAUGGUUAUGCUGAUAUUGCACAUAAUUUCAUUAUAUGUGGUGGUGACGAAAAUGAUAACAGUAGUCAACAACAAAUUUAUACUGGGAGAGGAUGGAAAAGUGUAGGAGCACAUUGUGUUACAUAUAAUACUCGAUCAUUAGGUGUUGCUAUUGCUCGUGAUUAUACAAGUACGAAAUCUCUGAAUGCAUUUAAAUCAUUAAUGGAAUGCGGUACAAAAAAUAAAUUCAUUGAACAAAAUUAUACACUCGUAGGACAUUAUUACUUUCCAAAUAUUUAUGCAUUUUAUUUGAAUUAUUUUAAAAAUGAUACUCAAACACCAUAUAUUUGCCAACAACGGCCAUCUGACAACGACACAAUCGCUAAAACUCUAAAAAAAGUUGAAUAG